AAAGAAAAGGGCAAAUCAAUUUGUAUACGGAGGAGGCCCGGAACCCUGUAGAGUGUUCUCCGGUCAGCCAUGGCCGCUCGCAUCCCAAGAACAUUGCUUUCAUCCUCAUCAUCGCUAAUCACCCUGGUAAAAAAAUCAACGGCUGAUAAUUCUGUUACCUACGCCCAUUGCGUUUCCCGACCCCGGUGGAACUCCUCUUCUUCUUCUUCGUCAAAGCCUGACAAGAAGAUAACGAAUCGCCUGUCCACUGUUAUAGACGCAGUCAAUGAUCGCAAGCUUCCUCCCGAACUCCGUGGCCAACGCAAUUCAGUCAGGUCAGAAACUGAUAUUAUAAAUGUUGUUGAGCAAAGAAUAUGGCAUUCCAUGGAAGAAGGUCAAUUCGAGAACUUACCAGGAAAAGGCAAACCCCUGAACCUUAACACUAAUCCUCAUGCUGAUCCAGCUGAAGACACUUUAUACAGAAUCCUCUCAAAAAAUGGAUGUGCGCCAGAGUGGGUUGAACUCAACAAAGAGAUAAGGACGAAAGUGUCUGAAUGGCGUGUUUCUUUGAAGAAAGCAUGGACAAAUAAAUGCAGUGGGGAUCACUCCAAAUGGACUGAAAAAACUGAGGUUUUAAAAAUGCAGAUGGCUGAUAUAAAUGACAAGAUUUUCCGCUACAAUCUCAUUGUUCCUUUCGGCCGGCAGAUGUUUGGAUUGAAGUGGGAAAAGGAGCUGGAUCGUUUAAACGAAUGAUUCUCCCUCUCUUUUUCCCCCCCCCCUAGAACUGUAAUAUGUAUUUGGUCAGUGUUACUACAUAAUAUAAUCCAGCGGCUGCUUUCGAAAUGCAGUUGAAGUAUUAUUUGGCACUUUGUGCUCACUUUGGCUAGAUUAAUACAUAUUAUUAAUGAUUUGAUGUUGGUGUUCC